GAUUACUCCGGCUCUUCUUGCCGCCGAUCCUCCAGCAAUUCUCCCCAACAUGGCGGCCCGUGUCCUAGUGCAGUGUGUCCGCUCGCUCGCUCGUCCCUCUCUGCGGCUUUGCUCCGGUAACUCAGCCGUCAGAGCCGCCGUUAUACCUUCAGUCACGACCCACCGACCUCUGUCCUUCGCCGCAGGCAGCCGGAGGACGCGGUGUCUCGGUCCGAGCCAGAUCCCCUCGGUGGGCGUGUUGUGCCGGCAGUAUGGGGACAUGCCCCUCCUCACUUUAGAAAGCAUCAAAGACCGCGUCAUGUAUGUACUGAAGCUCUACGACAAGGUCAACCCAGAAAAGCUGCAGACGUCUUCCCACUUCAUGAAAGACUUGGGUUUGGACAGUUUGGACCAGGUGGAGAUCAUAAUGGCCAUGGAAGAUGAGUUUGGUUUUGAGAUUCCAGACGUGGAUGCAGAGAAGCUGAUGACUCCAGAGGAGAUCGUACAGUACAUCGCAGACAAGAAGGACGUUUAUGAAUGACGUGUCCUGAAGCUCAGAGGCAGAGGGUGCCCGUUCCCCCCGAGGUACCAAACCAGUUUCCACUUGAGCCCCGUCAACUCUUCAGUUCAUUGUGGCGAUGUCCGGGUCACCCGCCGCGUCUCGUGCGUCACUGUAUUUAAACUAACGUGUUCUUGGGAGUUUAGAGAUUUAAAAGCUCGAUUAAAACAAAAAAUACAUCACAGAUCUGAUUUAUUGUUUUUUUUUUUUUGUUUCUUUCAGCCCCAACCUGCAGUGUUGAUGUAUAAU